AUGGCUAAUCAUAAAGCUACCAAGAAAGAUAUCCGUCAGGCUGAAAAGCGCCGCGACCGUAAUCGUUAUUAUGGUAAAACUACCCGUAAUGCAAUGCGCAAGCUUCUUGCGUUGACUUCUAAGACUGAAGCUGAACAAGAAUUGCCAAAAGUUAUUUCAAUGAUUGAUAAGCUUGCCAAGCGCAGGGUUAUUCACAAAAACAAGGCAGGAAACCUGAAGUCUGGUAUCACUGUAAAAGCAUUAUCAAACAGAACAAAAUCUAAAUAG